CGAUUCCGAAAAAAUGGUUGGUUUUUUGGUGUGCGUAACGUUGACGAUUUUUUUGCCAUGGUUGCAUGAAAAACCAUGACGUGCCUUGGUGCUUUAGAGCGCAUUGGUAUCUUUUUUUUUGUUUGCAUAUUUUUUACCCAUGUUGACUGGGCUGCCUACUGAACUUUUACUGCGAAUUGUAAAUGAGUUGGAUGAUGUCCGCGACAAAUGCCGACUUUCCAACACAUGUACCUUGUUUCAUUCGCUGUUACAAACGGAACCUUGGUGCUGGUCCCCGUUGGACUUGUCGCCCUAUCACGAAACCUUGACCAAUGUGACGCUGCUCUCGUUUCUGCGCAGACACUCUUUACCUAUUGUCAGCUACCAAAACUACCGGCCUCCUACCGAGCCGUGUGUGCGCACCAUUCAACACCUCAACAUUAGCGGAUGUCGCCAUUUAUCGCCGGAAGCUAUUCUGACCGUCGUGACCACACUACCCCACCUCACCCACCUUUCUUUGGACUGUUACUCGAGUCACGGCCGACAAUUUUUCGAACAACGAGAGCAUCUGUAUCAACUACGACCAUCGCAUAAUCUGUCGUCGUUGUCGAUGGAUUUAUCCAAACAGCCGCACCGCAGUUUAUGCCUUCCCGAUACCGUGUUGCGGACUGUUAUUCAAUAUACCCGGUUUCUGCAAUAUUUAUCGCUCCAGCAUCAGCAUCUCAGCGUGGAAUCGUGCCGCGCUCUCAAAUCCGCCAAUAAUUUACGCCAUCUGAAUAUCUCCUCCUGUAACAUCAGCCAGCCGGCCUUUCAAACGUUGUUGCGGUCCGUGGGGCGGCGACUGACCAGUUUGAAAAUGUUAAACAUUGAUUUGACCAACUUAACCCUACUGUGUCUACAGCAGUACGGGCACGGGCUACGAUGUCUUCAUCUUUCCUGCACUGAACCGAGUCUGAUACCCAGUAUUGCGCGUGUGGUUGGACGUUUCGCGUUGGACGAUUUUCGUUUAACCUGUUUACGCACAGGCCAUCUGGAUACGGUAGUGUUCAACUUAUGCUCCACGCUUCGACGCCUCGACAUGUCGCCGAAAAUGGAGAUUUACCCAAAAAUGUUACCUCCGUCCGCCAAAACCAAUGGCCGACAUCCGCCUGAAAAUUACGCAUCUAUCCCGGCCCCCAACCCAGGUUCCAAAUACGGGUCCACGCCCAUGUCGGCCAAAGUCGGUCGGUUAUCCGUGUCAUCGUCCCAUGUCCAGUCAACGCCACCGCGCAGACUGAGUGUGACGGGUAACCGUACAGAGCACGAUCUCCUCGUUUCCGAUCAAGGUUUGAGACACCUGGCCACUUUUUCCCAUCUCAUCGAACUGCGCUUGUGCUUUCCCACCAUCACCGCGUCUGGCUUGACAACGCUGCUGGAGGCCUCCUCGGCCCUGGAGAUAUUGGAGUUACGUCUACGGCCGGCGUUAGAGAGAGAGAGUGAAACAAAGGAACGGAACUGGCUCGGGGGACUCUCGAAACAUCAUUUACCACGGUUACGAGAAUUGCACUUGUACACGGUGGAGAUCAUUCCGGAAACGGCAGAUAGGAUCAUGGAAUUAUGCAAUUUGAGGCAGUUGACGAUUUGGCAAGGGGGCGACCUUCAUUUGAGGCGGCCACAGUAUGUAAGCAAUUGGCUGUUAAGGAUACAUUGUUUGAAUGUGUUUCGUCUGGGGAAUAUGUGUUUGGAUUGGAGAACGGUGCAGGAAGUGAUCCAGGUAAAAAAUGAGUCACGCGCACCUUCGGAAGAGAUCAUCAAUACUUUGUCCGCGGGAAGAUGGGAAAUGGAAUUGAAAAAACGGUGCAACCAGUGGGAAUGGGUCCUGUAAUCUUUUGUGCCAAUCCCCAACAUCAUGAUCAUUUAUUAUAACCAAUGCACGCAAAAGACCAGAAUUCGAUUGAUUAUCAACCUAUCAUCGUCUAGCUCGACUAUAAUAAUAAUAACACGAAAGAAAAAAGAUUUGCUACCUUGUUCAAAUGAUCCGAUCAUUCCAAAACCAAAUAUUUGAUUUUUUGAUGGAUUCGUUGGGAGAAAA